UGCACUCUUUCUAGAGUCUCCACAUCUUUUUUACAUGCAGUAUUCCAAGUGUGGCCUUAUCAAGGCAUUAUAAUGUGGUAUUUGCAAUAUUAAUUUGCUAUGGAUCAGAGGUCUCCAAACCCGCCAACUUUAAGACUGGCUGGCUGGGGAAUUCUGGGAGUUGAAGUCCACUAGUCUUAAAGUUUGGAGAUUCUUGCUAUAAUAGAUCCUUCUGUCAAGGUCCUGGAACAGAAUACAGCCCCAUCCAGCAGAUAACUCCUUCCUGAAACUGAUUGUGGACAAAUUCCUCGUCUCCGAAGCACAUGAUAAUUUGCUCCAUUUCCCUCUUCUCUGAUAGAGUGUCUGUGAUGGAUACAGGGUCCAUAACAAUCUUCAUUUUUUGUCUUGGGAUGGCCAAUAGCUUGGAGUGCCAUAAGUGCUUAAUUAACGAAGGGGACUGCUCCAAGGCUCCUGUGGAAGUUUGCAGGCCCAAUCAAGACGCCUGCUUCACAGUGAUCAAGAAGUACCAUGGAUUGAUCGCAGAUACAGCAAAGCAGGGCUGUGGCUCCGCCAAUGAUUGCCGAAGGUAUCCCAUGGGCACAGUAGGCUCCUUAUUCCGGACCAUGUGGUGCUGUUCUUCGAACCUUUGCCAACCCAUCCAUAUGGCUGUCAACCUAAACGGAUCGCAGAAUGGGCUGGCGUGCCAAAGUUGCAUUGGGAACCCAGCCGAAUGUGGCCUGACGUCCCCUUCGCGGCAAUGCUAUGGGAGCACAGAUCGGUGCGUGCAAAUUUCCCAGCGUUUCCUCCCAGGAGAAGAGCUUGAACCCAUCGUCAAGGGAUGUGGAAAUAGCUCCUUCAAAGAUCUGCAGGUGCUCUACCAGAUUGGACGAGACUUUGCUUUCCUUGACCAAAAAGUCUGUGGCCAAUCCAACUGCAAUAAUAGAAGCUUUCCAGAGAUCCCCACAGGACAGCCCAAUGGGCUGCAGUGCUACACGGAUCGUGAUUCGGGCCGUGAAGAGCACACUCUCCAGAAAGGGCAGAUUUUGAAGUGCACUGGAUCCAUGAACAGGUGUCUCCGUAUCGUAAAAGGAGAAAAUAAAAGCACAGCCGUGACCAUCCAGAGGGGCUGCGCCACGGAAUCCAUGUGCUGGAGAGACACCGAUAUAUAUCUCAGGCUGCAGAGAGAAAAUUCUCGUGCCAAAUGUUGUAAAGGGAAUCUUUGUAACAAAGUCCACAGUCCCAGCAACCCAGGACUGAUGACGAUUCUUAGUUUAUGGUUGAUGUUGAAGAUCUAUCCAUAACCACCCUUGUCUCAUCGGUGGCACAGAAAUAAAUUUGGAACAUUCUG